AGGAUAUCUGGUAAUGAGCGUUAAAAUCUAACAUACUGAGCUAGCUGUCUCUGCUUCUCUACAUCUGUAUCAUGCUAAAGAUCACCAGAAGACUGAAAUCCACAUUGCAUGGAAGGUCCUUUGAUGCAGUAGUAGUGGGAGGAGGUCACAAUGGCCUGGUUGCUGCUGCCUACCUUGCAAAGGCAGGGAAACAAGUGGUUGUUGUGGAGCGGAGGCAUCUGUUGGGAGGAGCUGCAGUUACCGAGGAGAUAGUACCAGGAUUCAAGUUCUCCAGAGCAUCCUAUCUUGUCAGCUUGUUACGACCACAGAUUGUCAAAGAUCUCGAGCUAAAGAAACAUGGUCUAAAGGUUUACCUCCGUAAUCCUAACUCCUUCACCCCUCUGCGUGGAACAGACCAGAGCUUGUUGCUUGGUAAUGAUAUGAGGGAAAAUGAGAAACAGAUUGCACAGUUCUCUGUCAGAGACGCCGAGGCAUAUUCACGAUAUGAACAGUGGAUGAAUGAAAUAGCUGAGGCUGUUGAUCCCCUACUGGACACUGCGCCUGUUAACAUCGACAGACUUCGCAAUGGCACCACUCAGGAGAUUUUCUUCGAGAUCAAGAACAUCACAGCUCUGUUGAAGAUGGGAGGCUACCUUGGUAGAGAGUUGCCAGCUUUCUACGAGUUGAUAACUGCUCCGGCUUCAAAGAUUUUGGACAAGUGGUUCGAAUCAGAGCCCCUGAAAGCAACGCUGGCCACUGAUGCUGUAAUAGGAGCCAUGCUGAGUCCAAGGCUCCCUGGAAGUGGAUAUGUCCUGCUGCAUCAUGUGAUGGGGGAGCUGGAGGGGGUUAAGAAUGCCUGGGGCUACGCUGAGGGUGGGAAUGGUGCCGUCUCAAUGGCAAUAGCUAGGGCAGCAGAGGAACAUGGAGCAACGUUGGUUACUGACUCUCCUGUAUCCCAAAUCCUUGUUAAUGACAAGAGCACAGCCACGGGUGUAGUGCUUGAAGAUGGCUCAGAGAUCAGAGCAAAAGUUGUUCUAUCAAAUGCCACUCCUCAAGUCACUUUCCUCGACCUCUUACCAGAGGGUACUCUGCCGGCAGAUUUCAGGACACAAGUGGCUGGAAUAGACUAUACAAGUCCUGUCACCAAAAUCAACAUUGCUCUGAGUGGACUGCCUGACUUCUCUAGCCUGCCCAACACUCGCGACGGCCUCCCCUGCCCCCACCACCAGUGCACCAUACACCUCAACACAGAGCACACUGACUGCAUUCACUCUGCUUACCUUGACGCUCAGCAGGGAAGAUGGUCAUCCAGACCUUUGUUGGAGUUGUGCCUACCCUCCUCAUUGGACCCCACCCUGGCCCCCCCGGGUUGUCAUGUCAUGUCAAUAUUCUCUCAGUACACACCCUACAAAUUGGCCGAUGGAGACUGGACAGAGGAGAAGAAGGAACAGUACGCCAAUGUGGUGUUUGACAGUAUUGAAGACUAUGCUCCUGGCUUCAAGAAACUAGUCAUUGACAAAGACAUCCUCACUCCGCCUGAUCUUGAGAGAAUAUUUGGCCUAACUGGAGGCAAUAUUUUCCACGGUGCAAUGUCAGUUGAUCAGUUGUACCUCGCUAGACCCACCCACCGUAACCCUAGUUACGCCAGCGGAGCAGUGAAAGGCCUCUACCUGUGUGGCAGUGGAGCACAUCCAGGAGGAGGGGUCAUGGGGUCACCUGGACGACUAGCAGCUAUGGCCGCACUGGAAGAAUUGUGAAACAAGCCAGAACCACUAUCAACUUUCUGAUCAUAGUUCUGUCUUGUACAUUGUUGCACAGACAUAAUAUACUUUGUUUUGCGUUCACCUCUAAUUAUUUUGUCAGGAAGUGAUGAUAAUAAAUUAUAGGCUGUAUAAUAAUUAUAUGUUUUACGAUCAAUU